CCACUUGCACCGGUCCGCGCGUACUUGACAAAAGCGCCGGGUUGCGCAGCAGAAGCGGGCUUCCGCCGCGAUCGGUUGCUGCAGUGGUGCGAAUGCCGACGUGGAAAAAUAGUUACCGCAUCACCCCGGCGACGCGCGCGCCAGAUUCUUCUUUGUCGCUCUCACCGGGCGGAAGUGCUGCGCUUUCCUUCCCGUCACUCAAGCCAGCAGUCCGCUUGGCCACUCUUGCUGGAGCAGACAACGCACAACAGGCAGCAGCAACUGAGAGCGCCGUACCGUGGUCAGGUGCUGGACCCCAGGACGGUCAUCCAGCCUCGGAAACGGCGUUUCGUGUGCGACAUGUCGGAAGCGGAGCGUGUUGCGUCAAGUUUUGACACCGCCCAUGGCUCCAUCCUUCUUCCCAGUUGGCGCCCGGGGAACAACGGAGCAGUUCUUUACCGAUGGCGUCGCGGCGCGGGGCCUUUGUUGAGCAGUUUGCAUUAGCACACCGGGGAGCACAAGCGGUACGCGCGCCACAGGAGUCGCGUUGCGGAGAGGAAUCGGAGUAGGUGCUCCGAGGAUCAACUCAGUGCAAACAAGUUGGCGUCAGGUGCUCCUUCGCGUGGCUUGGCUUGUUGUAUUUCCUGAACUCUUCAGUCUUUAUCAUCUUUUAUAAAUUUUCUUGUGCCGUGCUAAUUAUUGCUCGAAACAAAAGAAGACAGUGACAGAACCUUCUAUCUCGUAUUGCAUGCGUCAGCAACUCUUCAUCAAAUGUAGUUUUGAAUGAGUGAAUGACUUACCCAACUGACGGCGUUAUUGGAGAAUUAGCAACAACUGUUGGAGGUCGAGAGACGAGGUCCUCCCUCUUCUGCGAAGCAAGGAAGUGUUAUGCAUAGGGCUGCGGUUGGAUAAAACAUGCGAAGUUUUGGGGGCUGGUGUGCUGGCCUCAGGCUAGGAACGACUUUUUUACCAUGUGCUUGUACAACAAACGACGUAUCACGUGAUUGCGUCGUCCUAGGGCGGAG